GGAUGGUUAACAUGGAGACAUCCCCUAGCAACAAGAAACCCUCGCCCACCAGCAAGAAACAAAAGGGAAGAACAGGAAAGGAGCAUGUCAGCAAAUUCCACUGUACUACCUGUAACGUGCACUGUCCUAACGAGACAACUUUACAGCAGCACAACGCCGGCAAAAAGCACAACGCCAACGUGGACAACACACAACGCCGUGACAAACACGCCAUGAGCAGUGUGUUUGUUGGCAAUUUGCCCAAAUUAGCUCAGAUCAGAGCGAGGCUGGUGGAGGAGACUGGGAGUUGUGUGGAGGGGAAGGAGAAUGAUAAGCUUAAAUCUGACCUAAACACUGUUUUUAGUGCGUACGGGGAGAUCGCGAAGAUUAUAGUCGAUAAGAAACACGGGAGUUACUGUAUUAUUGAGUAUAAGACUCCGAGUAUGGCGCAGGUUGCGUUAUCAGAAUAUCAAGCCGGGAAGUUCCAGCCUUUCUACGGUAAGAAACUGCAAAUAAAAUCACGUACAGUGACAGAGAUAAAACCACUACACCAGAUAAUUACAGAGAGUGAGCUAGAUAAAGAUAACAUCGUGGCUCUGUUGGAAGAGGCUGAGGACGACCCAAUUUGUGCUCUAAACAUGGUUGAUGCUGCUAUUUCUGUGUCUGAUAAAGUGAAAAGGACUCAUCAGGAAGCUUGCUCCAGAAUCCAAACCCAACUGAACGAGAACCUCCCGUUCUACAGCAUGGUCCUCUCCGUCUACGGAUCAGCUGCCACUAACCUCGCUCUCCGAGACUCAGAUCUAGAUAUCAGCCUGACAGUGGGUAAGGACAAGAGGCUGGAUCGUGAUGAUCUGAUCAGAGUGCUGAAGGAGAAGUGCACGGGAGUUAGUCACGUGCACGUCAUACCGGCACCAGGUCAGGGCACUAUCACCAGGUUCCUGGACGGGAUAUCCAACACCAUGUUCGAUGUGUUGUUCAGCAACAGACUGGGGGUUGCUAACACCGCUCUCAUCAACACAGUCUUGUCGUAUGAUGGUAGAAUAGCUAGGUUCAUCAGGCUUGUUGUGUAUUGGAGACGAGUUGUACUGGGAGCUAGAUUCCCUAAACAGUGUAUCCCUUCUUCCUACUCCAUCACCAUCAUGUGUAUCCACUUCCUCCAACAAAAGGGCUUCUUUCCCGACUUCUUCCAAACCCCACUCAUCACGGAGCACAAGAUGAUAUAUGAUCUAGACUGUUCUUUUAUCACGGAUAUCAGUAAACUACCCACCCCUCCUGAUGUUGGCAGUAUUCCUGACCUACUGUCAGGUUUCUGGAGCUACUAUGGUUCUGAGUUUAAUGUUGAGACCCAGGUAGCGAGCAUGAGGAGUGUUCUGAAGAAGAGCGAGGUUGAGGAAACAAGUAAAGAUACCCCACACCACUACGUCACCCUUUUCAAAACCUCCCCUCUGGCUGUACAAGACCCCUUCGUUCUAACUCACAAUCUGACCCACAAUGUAACAUUGGAAUGUGUUGUGUUCUUCAGGGAUCUGUGUAGGAGCGCUUGUAGUAACAUGAGUAAGGGUGCUCCGCUAUACACCUGGAUGUUUGGUGGUAUUGCUGGGAACUCAGCUAGUCUUGGUGGGGACGGUGCUUCCACUUCUAGUCACCAAGACUCUGUUGAAAUGGAGGAGGAGGAAGAGGAGGAGGAGGGAAAUAAGACACCUGUGUGGGACGAGUCAGUUGCCGUUGGUAACAAACGUUCCGUCGAAGAAAUGGAGCACUGAAAAUUUAAUUCUGUGUGUUAUGAGGAUUUUUUUCUCAACUUGUUCAGAUCGUGAUCUAGAUUUUAUCAAUCGUUUAUUGGUUGGCGUGUUUUUACCCAUUUUAAAACUGUUUUAUCGCUUGUGUGAUGUGUCAUUACCACAAUGGAUUUUAUAUCCUUUAUUUGUAAAUUGUUCAUUGAAUAUUAAUAAGAUUUUCUUCCAUUUUG